AUGCCUUCUUACAGUGCGAAGAAUCCGUAUGAGUCGCCGCCUUGGAAGAUCAUCGCUGGCGGUAAGACUUUCUACAUUCAUGCCGAGAAGCUCUUCAGCGUCUACCCUGAACAUAGAUUCGAUAGAUGGGACCCGGCAACAGCAGAGGCGUUUAUCGACUUGCAAGGCAUUGAUAUCGAUGGGUUCGAUCAUACAGCUGUCGCAUGUUUCAUUGAAUACCUUUACACAGGCUCCUACACCGUCAAAGGGAUGACAACAAAGGCUGCAGAAAUCAAGAAACCGGCCACGCGAAACUCGAACCCUGCGACAGGCAGUCAUUCACGAGUCAAAACUUGUGUCCUCAACACUCAACCUGGAGGACCGGACACGCCUAUAAUGAGACCUGCAAGCAACAGUACAGACUUCUCAUCCUCGCCCGCUUCAGUCUGGACCCCUUCCAGUGGUAGCUCAUUCAAUCUACCUGAAGAUGCUGAUGCGACGAUGAGAGGUCUCCCCAGCUCUUCUACCACAAGUCAGACAUGGAACACCGAUAUCGAUCAAGACAACCUUCCGGCAGUCGAGAAGAAGCUACCCCACGAAGACAGCACCAGGAUUCUGCUGACUCACGCUCAGGUUUACCUCUUCGCAACGAAGAAAAGUAUCGAAGGCCUGGGAGGGUACGCCUCGAAACAAAUAUGGGAAGUAUUGAAGGCCCCAGUGCCCCGCAACGAAUACGUCGGAAACAUGGUGGCGCUUGCGAGGUUUCUGUGCAGACAUAAAGGUUAUGGAGAUGCAUUUCGGCAUCAACUCGUUCACAAUAUGGGGGCCCAUGUGAACUAUUUCUUAGGAAACGAGGAGUUCCAAAAGCUGAUGAUCGAAGAUGGCGGGGUCAUGUUGAAGCAAUUCUUGUGGGAGGUUGAGCUGAAGCUCUCAGCCUAG